ACAGCAUGCACUUAGUUCGGUUUAAGGAAGGCUCGGAUUGCCCGCGGAGCUUCGAUUUGUCUGCCGGACCUUAGACGCUAGAAUUUUUUUUUAUUUUCUGUUUUUUAUAACGGUUGUAAUUUUAGUUUUUAAAAUAUAGUGGAAUAUCUUGAGAUUUUAAAAUUUUGUAUAAGUUAAUUACAAUAGAUUUAUAAAGCUUGACUAAUGAAAGCAAGAGUUUAAGUUUGACACCCCCAACUUUUGGCGCAAGCAAAUAAUAGUUAACAACAAAAGUGCAGAAUGUGUGUUAAAAAUUACUGUAUUUUGUUUAAUGUUAAUGCUACCUGAAUUUUUUAAAAUACAAAAAAAAAAUAAAAGAAGUAAAAAAGUAUUAAAAGUUUAAUUUAAAAAAAAGUGAAAACAAAGUUAAAUUAAAAAUUUCAAACAACAAAACCAAAAUUCACCUUUCUCAAAAUUGGAAGUAAUAAGACCUGUUAUCAAACAUCAUGGAAGAAGAAAACGACGAUAAGGAUGACACGAAAAGAAAGUCUAGAAAUCUCAGUGAGAAAAAACGUCGAGAUCAAUUCAACAUGCUGGUGAAUGACUUAAGCGGGUUAAUAUCAUCAACAUCUAGGAAAAUGGACAAAUCCACCGUACUCAAGUCAACAAUUGCAUUUUUAAAACAUCACAAUGAGGUAACUGAUAAAUCAAAAAUCCAUGAAAUACCUCAAGACUGGAAGCCUUCAUUUCUUACCAAUGACGAAUUUUCUCACCUCAUGCUCGAAGCCCUCGAUGGAUUCAUAAUUAUAUUUUCAAGCAAUGGUUCCAUACAUCAUGUGUCAGAGAAUGUAACAUCUCUCUUGGGAUACUUGCCGAGCGAUCUAUUGAAUAUGACAAUCUUUGAUUUAGCAUAUGAAGUUGAUCAUGAGAAACUAUACAACAUCUUUCUGAAUCCAUCAGCAUUAUUGAACGAUGCGCCAAAAACCGAAGUAGUAUCAGCCGAGUCUGCUGCUCAGAUAAGUUGUUUUGUUCAUCUUAAACGUGGUGCAUUGGAUAAAGUCGAUACUACGGCGUAUGAGCUGGUCAAGCUUGUGGGAUGUUUAAAGAAAUAUGCAAAAGUAGAAAAUGAAACGUCAAAUACUCAUUCUCUGUCGUUUUCGACGGAUUGCUUUGAUAAGGGCCUGACCUUUGUUGGAACGGGACGCGUCCAAAUGCCUCAAUUGAUUCGGGAAAUGUCUGCGAUAGAUCCGUCCAAGGAUGAAUUCACGUCAAAGCAUAGCAUGGAAUGGAAGUUCAUAUUCCUCGACCAACGAGCGCCUCCAAUUAUCGGGUAUAUGCCAUUUGAGGUGCUUGGAACUUCCGGCUAUGAUUAUUAUCACUUUGAUGACCUGGACAACAUCAUAAGUUGCCAUGAAGAAUUAAUGCAGAAGGGCGAAGGUAAAUCGUGUUACUAUCGCUUCCUAACCAAGGGCCAGCAAUGGAUCUGGCUGCAAAGCGACUAUUACAUAUCCUAUCACAAUAUAAGCUCAAAGCCUGACUAUGUUGUUUGUACGCACAAGGUGGUUAGCUAUGUUGAUGUGAUAAAACACAAUAAGCUUAAUAGCAGCAAUAGCAAUAAGGCCGCGCCUAAAUCUACCUCAGCAACGGUUACCCUAAGAGAUCUCGAAAGUGCGGCGGCGGCGUCGGUGGUUGGCGAUAGCGGCAGUGUGACAGGUGUGACAGUUGGAGGUGGUGUGACUGCGAUAGAUGUGGGAGCAAUUGAAAAGAUGCCAGCGACUACAACGACAAAGUCGCCGGAAAUCGAUACGAGCAUUGUGUGGCCACAGAGGGCAGCGAAACUGGCUAACUAUGGAACGAUGACGUCUGCAGCCGGUUUGGCCAGCAAUGUGAAGCGAAAACGAUAUUCUCACACCAGAGGUAAUGAGUCAGACUAUACCUCGGAUUCGUCGUCGAGUAGGCACUCCUUAUUAACGCAUCUUAGCUCGCAAGCGAGAACGAGGCAUAAUUUAUCAUCUCAUUUGCAUCAAGCUCAACAGCAACACCAACACCAGCAGCAGCAGCACCACCAACAACAACAACACCAGCAGCAGCAGCAAGACCACCACAUGUCCAAUCAUCAACAGCAACCCCACCUUCCAAACCAAAUGCAUCAACAGCAAAUCCAACCCAUUGCCCAUAAUAAGCUUUCGAAAGUGUCGCAACCGCAACAGGCCAUAGGCCUUCAGUUAGUUUCAAGCCCGCCCACUCAAUUCAACCAGCCUACCUAUCCGAUUCGGAAUACUCAGCUAAUGGCACACACCUUUCUCGAACCGCAACAGUAUCUAGCAGCAAUACCCGUGCAGCCGGUGAUAGCACCCUUUCCUAUGACUCCAGUGCUGCCGACCAUGAAUAACUCUUCCGAUAUUCUUCCCAGCGUUAUGAUGACACCAACUCAGACGCAAAUUCAAGACCAGCUCCAGCGGAAGCACGACGAGCUGCAGAAGAUGAUAUUCCAGCAACAAGACGAGCUCCGACGAGUGUCUGAGCAGCUCCUUAUGGCGCGAUAUACCAUCAUUCCAACCUACAACAAUUCCAACCAUCAGAAUAGGCAUUACCAAUUGGGCAACAGUGGCAUGGACCAUCAGCAGCAGCAGCAGCCCCAGUUUGUGAACUACAACUACGGCAUGAAUGACCAAAUGCAAACUACUCAACAUGAUGCCUCGAUGCACCAGCAGCACCAUCACCAGCAGCAACAGAUGCAUCCACAGCAGCAGCAACAGCCGCAACAGCAAUCAACUCAAUCUCUCCAGCAACAAAUGCUUCCGAGAAAUCCACCAGUACCUGAUUUGGAGCAAUUCGGCCACGAGGACAUUGAUGCCUUCCUCAAUGCCGAGGCACUCCAACCAACGCUCGUCCUGCCAUCCCCAUCUCCAACGGCCAUGAACCCCCAACAGCCUUUGCAGCAACACCAACAGACGCCUGUGAUGUCCAUGAAUCCGCACAGCCUCGGAGUGCAGCAGGAAGAAAAUUUACUAUCCUUCAUGCAAAUUCCAACCGAAUCAACGACGACGUCAAACCUGCACUUUCAAAUGGGCUUGAGCGACGAUGUUACCGAAAGCCGUCCUGAAGACACGGUUGGAGGCGGUGGAGGUGGUGUCGGUGGCGGGCAAAAUCACUUCAACCCCUACCAAACGCAAAGCAAUCAAUUGCCAAAUGAUUUGGAGAUCCUGCCUUAUCAGAUGUCGUCACAGGAAACAUCACAGAUUCUCUUCAAUUCACCUCACACGCCUGGACAUGGACAAACUCAAUAGGGGUGGCAGUAGUCAGAUUGCGGCGGCGGCGGCGGUGUUCAUCGUUCACCCUUCGUAAUCUGAUAGCCAAUAACAAACAAAUAAUAUCUAUUGUCAGUGUGCUAAGGUGUAUUAUAUAUGUAUGUAUUAAUUAUAAAUAUUAUAAAUAAAUUAAUUAUAAGCAACAACUUAAUUAUAAGAUUUAAUAUAAUAUACAAUUUUGUAAAUAUGAAGUGCUAUGAUAUUUAGUGUAUAUUAUAAAUGUGCCGUGGAGAAUGUUAACUUAACGAAUAUUUUAAGUGUUGAUGUACGAGCGUAUAAUGUAUAUUUGUAGUUAUAUAAUAAUUAUUAUUAUUUUUAAUAAUCUAAAAUGUACACACAUAAUAAAAUUAGAAAUAUUUUUUUAUAUUGAAAAUAAAAACAAAACAAAUU